AUGGCCGCCGCCGAGGUCCUCUGCCGAUUCGAGGACCCCCAGGGGCGCGUCCUCUUCGGGCAGCCUGUGGCGCACGACUCGGACGGCCUGCCCAGCAAGGCCCAGCUCCUCGCCGACCAGGACCCGUACGGGGGCCUCGGCCUCGCGCAGGAGACAGCUGACGUGGCCAAGUUGCUCGCACCAGUUCAGCCUACAGCGAUCAUCUGCAUCGGGCUGAACUACGCCAAGCACGCGGCGGAGUCCGGGAUGCAGGUGCCGGCGCACCCGGUGGUCUUCAUGAAGACCGUGUCCACGCUCAACAACCCAGGAGAUCCGAUCUACAUUCCGAAGAUCGAGGCGAAGGUGGACUGGGAGGUGGAGCUGGCGGUGGUGAUCAAGGCCAGGUGCAAGGACGUGAGCGAGGAGGAGGCGCUGAGCUUCGUGGCCGGCUACACGGUCGCCAACGACGUGUCGGGGCGGGAGUGGCAGCUGGAGAAGGGCGGCGGCCAGUGGUGUUUCGGGAAGUCCUUCGACACCUUCACACCGCUGGGCCCUGUGCUGGUCACCCCCGCAGCGAUCGCCGAUCCGCAGAACCUGCGCGUGACCACGACCGUGGACGGGGAGGUCCUGCAGGACGCCUGCACGGACGACAUGAUCUUCAGCGUGCGGCAGAUCAUCGCCUUCCUGUCGCAGGGGACGACGCUGCUGCCCGGCACGGUGAUCCUCACGGGCACGCCGUUCGGCGUCGGCCUGGGCCUGCGGCCGCAGCGCUGGCUGAGACCGGGACAGGUGGUCACGGUCGAGGUGGACAGGCGACCGAGGGCUGCCCCAGGCGGAGUCUUAGAACCAGAACCAGACGCGCCUCUG